AAAAAAAAGAAUUAGGGAAAGUAUUGUGAUUGUGAUUUUAAAAUCGUCUGUCCCUCUCUCUCUUUCUCUCUCACAUAAACAUCUUUUUUGUUUCUUUUUUCAUUUCACACUACUUUCCUGCCUUCACUCAGUUACGUGUCCGGAGUAAGAAAGAUGCUACACUGCAACAGGUAAUUGAAGCUGCGCCAACACUAUUGCAUCGGCUAAAACAAGGAUGGGGUCGUUGCUGCGUCAGCUGGUUGUCAUGUUGCUGCUGCUUGCAACUGCGACGGCGAGUACAGCAGUUACAGCCACAACGACCCCUGAGAGGACAACGGCACCAGCAACCACACUCGGAACCACAGCUACCACAACGGCCGAAACUACUACUCCCACCACUACCCCUACGACUACAACAACCACCACCACAACUACAACUACCACUACCCCUACGACUACAACUACGACCACCCCUACGACUACAACUACGACCACCCCUACGACCACUACCAAUACCCCUACAACUACAACUACCAGUACUCCUACGACCACAACUACCACUACCCCUACAACUACAACUACGCCUACCCCUACGACCACGACCACUACCCCCACGACCACAACUACCACUACCCCUACAACUACAACCACAACUGUGAUUACAACAACUACCACGACCACAACCCCUCCAAGCACCGCUACAACACCUGCCACAACACCCUCGACAGCCUCAGCCACGACCCAGCCCCCAGCGACCAGCUUCAACGUGAAGGAGCUGGUCCUCACGUGCGUCUCGUGUUCCCUUUUCGUCCUCCUGGCCGUGGCGGCGCUGGCGUUCCUCUGCAGCCGGGCCAGGGGGCGGAGGAGGCGCAGGACUCGAGCCAAGAAGUCCCUGUCGGCGGUGUCACUGCCGACCCUGGAGGCCAAGGAGGAGGAGGUUCCUUGCGACGACAAGAUGUGGCUGACGGUGACCGUGCGGGAUUUCAGUCCUCGCUCCGACAACCUCGAAGUCGCCAGUGGCAGCGGGCGAGGGCUCGACACGAGGAUUCUGACGGUGUCUGAGCGGGGCUACAGCAAGCGGUCCUCCAUGCCCGAGGCCUCCGUGGAAGCCAUGAGUGCCAGCCUACAAGGAGCGAAUCAGCAGCUGAACAGGUCGGUUCACUGCCUCCACGCCCUGCCUCCGCCUCAGCUUCUCCCGACCAUUCGCAACAACGUUCACAGCUACAGGCGUGUCUCGACCUCGAACCUUCAGCAAGGAAGCCUCAGGAACAUGCACGCCGAAGGACCUGCUCUGACGACACCACCAGGGCCGCCGAGGAUUGUCGUUUCGAAGCCCCGGUCCCGGGAGUCGCUCCAGGAAGACCUGCAGACGAUCGACGCUCGCUUCCACUUCCUCGACGAGAGCGGGGCCAGCGAGGAUCGCAGCCCCGGCUCCUUCUCCACCUUCGGCAAGUGAGGGACGGCGGGAGGGCAGCGCCGUCGAGUGGGUCAGACGGUCUUGAUAAGUUUCCUUGAAGUCAUACGACCUUGAAUUCCAAACUUGUGGUUAUGACAAAUCAGAGAGAGAGAGAGAGAGAGAGAGAGAGAGAGAGA